GCAAGGUCGUUCUAUGUGCGCCCUAGAUGAGUCAUCCUGACCACGUUUCUACGUCUAUAACGUCGACAUGAAGCAGCACGCUCCAAGAUACAUUCACAAUCAAUCAAUUCAUUGUCUAAUCUGGAAUGACUCCAACCACUCAGCUCGAAUUCGUGACUGUCGAUGUGUUCACAUCGCAACCCUACGAAGGGAACCCGCUGGCCAUCGUUCGAAUUCCACAUGGUCGCAGCGUCAGUCAAGAGGAGAAGCAGACCAUUGCUCGCGAAUUCAACCUCUCAGAAACCGCUUUUCUGCACGAAAAGAGUGGAGGCGCUCAAGAAGAUGCAUGGACCGUAGAUAUCUUCAUCACUACGAAGGAGUUGCCCUUCGCUGGUCAUCCAACAGUGGGAACGGCCUGUUAUGUUCUUGGAAGGACCGCUCAAGAACGAGGUGUUCGAGAUGGCGUAAUUGAAGCGAGCUUCAAGUUGAAAGCUGGACCUGUCGGGUUGCGGUAUGAUGUAGCGAAGAGGACGGCAAGAGCGGACAUACCUCAUGAUGUUCACAUUCAUAAGAAGAGAUGGACCCGAGAUGAGCUUUUUGCAUUACAAUCUCGAUUGGCAGAAGCUUUCCAACAAAGCGUGAUUCGGGCUCGAGAGGAUUACCCUAUAGUGUCCAUUGUCAAAGGCAUGACGUUUGUUCUUGUUGAACUUGAGAGUCUAGAAGCGCUGAGUUUGGUAUCUCUGGCUAGCCACGCUCUCAAGUUUGAUGACUUGGAUGAAGGCUGGAGCGACACUUUUGUCGGCGUGUACUUCUUUGUUCGAACCGGCAAAGGCAAGGACGGAUCGACGGCGGUGAGAACGAGGAUGAUCGAAGGCCCACUCGAAGACCCAGCGACUGGAAGCGCAGCGAGCGACUUAGCAGCGUAUCUCUCGAUAGUGGAGGGAAAGGCUAGUGAGACAUUGAAGUACGAAAUAAUACAAGGGGUCGAGAUGGGAAGACGAAGUGAGAUUUUCUUGGAGACGGUGCUGUCGGAGAACAAGUCCAUCUCGAAGAUAUAUCUUGAGGGUGGAUCGGUCCAGGUGAUGGAGGGGCGAUUGACAAUCUAACGAGUUGAGAAUAACGGACGCUUCGUAACUCGAAUCUAUUCCAAGUCAAUAAAGAUAGCGCCUUCAUGCUGAAAGAUGUACGCCUCUUCUUUGGCUGUACUAUCGGUCAUUGCGCAAUAGUAUCCAUACCAUUAAUCUGUAGGAUACAAGUGAACACUGAAGUCUAUCUGGAC